AGAAACCUGAUGAUUCUUAGACUUGGUAAACACUUCACAUCUCUUCCUCCUAAAGAAGAAGAAUGGGCAGCUUGGCAGAACAAGACCUGGGUCAAAUGGUUAGAGACUACAUUGAAUCAGAAGUACCCGCAUCCACUUCAAUGGCAUCUUCAGCACCAUCUACCCUCAAUCAUCAACACAAAUAUCUCAGUUUACAUGAGAUUCUUGGGAAGUACACAGAUGGGGAAGCCGAAAUUCGUGAGAAGGUAUUAAUGUAUGUGAACGAAUUGGGAACUUCAAUGGAUCAAGAAAGAAAUCUCAAGAAAUUGGUGGUACUGAAACUGAGAGGAGAUGGAUAUGAAGCCUCUCUUUGCAUAACUUCUUGGGCUUCUACGUCUAAGCACUCUAAAGGUGUUUAUGAGUAUGUUGACGUUAUGAUGGUUGAGAAGGAUGGAAGAAAAAAGAGAGUUAUAGUAGAUUUGGAUUUCAAGUCUCAGUUUGAAUUGCCAAGGCCUACAGCAACAUACACUGAACUAAUCAAUUUUCUUCCUCAAAUAUUUGUUGGGUCUGAAGAGAAGCUUGGAAAAACAAUCCCUUUGCUCUGCUCAGCCGCUAUCGAAUCACUCAAGGAAAAGGAUCUCCACAUUCCUCCAUGGAGAAAAACUGCUUACAUGCAAUCCAAAUGGUUUUCCAAAAAUUGCAAGAAAGCUUCACCUCCCCAGGCUUAGGAGAGGAUAAGAGGGAAGAGAAAGAUAAUGCUUCUACGUGUUUCCCUUGCACCUUAAGCGGGGUGCAACUCCAAUUUUGCUUGAAGCCCUAGGGCAGAAUGAGGAGUUCUGCCUUCUUUCCCUUGUUAACUACUGUUUUCUGUUUUUGACAAAGAAGAUUCCCCCUUUUUUUUUUUUUUACUAAAUCUCCCAAUAUCCA